AUGUGGACCCGGAGAUGUGUUGCUACAACCUGGAGAUUACAUCAUGUCAAGUUUCACAACAAUGUACAAAAUCAAUCCAAUCUGGAGCAGGACGCCGCGACACAGAUACCAUAUUCUCUAUUAGGAAGAGUUCCUCUUGGUUCUCAGGAUAGAAAGCAGCUGGAUUCAGGCGACAUUAGUUCAAUGCAAUCAAAAAUCAAAGAAGAUGUGAAUUUUACAGAAGUAGUCCUUCAUACAGACACGCUCACAUGCGAGAGAAUACUCACAAAUGAUCCCACUCAUCACGAAAGAAAAAAUCUCACACUUCAAGAGGUACUGGCAGAUUUGAAGGAAUUGAAACAAUAUAAACAGACCUCAUCAGAAGAUAUCUGGAAGCUGGAAAAUAACAACCGGAAGCUGGAAAAUGACACCCAGAAGCUGGAAAAUAACAACCGGAAGCUGGAAAAUGACAUCCAGAAGCUGGAAAAUGACACCCAGAAGCUGGAAAAUAACACCCAGAAGCUGGAAAAUGACAACCGGAAGCUGAAAAAUGACAAAAAGCGAAGACACGCUGGUGAGGUGGUUAACAUGAGAGAUCAAUUGGCUCGAUUAGUCCUCUCCGGCGAGGUCAAUAAACAACGCAAACAGCAGGUACAUGAUCCAAAAGAUAUGAAGGAUACUAAAGAUGUUCGAAAUUGGUUUGCACACGAAAUUGAUCUGGAUACAACAUUCGAACAAAUAGCUCUUUACGAUCAAUUUGAUAUCUGCUGCAUCACAAUCUUUGGAGAAACACAGAAUAAAAUCAAAGAAUUGCUUACAUGGGAUAAGGAUGGAGAAUGUGAAGUUUACAACAUCUUCAAUGAGCACGGCGAAGCUUGGCACAAUCAAUUCGCCAACACCUGUAUAGAUCCUUUCAAUAAAUGGUUGACAGCAAUAUACGCACUAAAAGAAACAGAAUCAGCUAUGUUGGAGAACCCAUUUUCCUAUCUCGAAACUCGCAUUCAGAAACAAAAGGAUGGGAUCAAGGAAGCAAUUAGAGAAUGGAAUGAAACCUUUAUGACGGAUAAAUCAAAGAGAGGAAAGAGAAGAGGAAGAUGCCGCGAACUGAUUAGGAAGGAUUACACAGACAGAGGAUUGAUGGAGCAGAUAAGAGCAGCUCUAUUACAAGGUGUGACUUUGGUUGAAGUUAGUGGCGAGAGUAAGGAGAUUGAGGAGAGUAAGAACAAUGAGGAGAGUAAGAACAAUGAGGAGGGCAAGGAGAAGUAA